AUGGAAUCCCUCUCAGACACCCUAUGGGAUGUAGUGAUCAGCGGCACUGGGCUACAACAGUCCCUCCUCGCCCUAGCUCUGUCGCGUUCAGGCAAGAAUAUUCUACACGUCGACCCCAACGACUUCUACGGAGGCAGCGAAGCCGCGUUCAGCCUUCAGGAGAUAGAUGAGUGGGCUGAGAAGAACCGGUCAACAGAGCCUUCGCGGUUGUUCUGUUCUGCGGAAGUGAAGCGAGACGUGGACGCUUUGGGUGCUACACGAUCCUAUAGCUUGGCUCUCGCGCCGCAGCUGAUACAUUCGCGGUCCAAGCUGGUGACUCAGCUCGUCGACUCGAAAGCGUUUCGCCAGAUCGAAUUUCUCGCUGUCGGUUCCUUCUACAUCUUCCAGCCACCUUCAGAUUCGUCGUCGACACCGUCGCUCAGUCGGAUACCCUCGACCCGCGAAGAUGUCUUCUCCAACAAGUCCAUUCCAGCUCGGUCCAAGCGGUCCCUGAUGAAGUUCCUCAAGUUUGUACUUGACUUUGAUUCGGAACCUCUUAGCGAUACAUGGCAGGCGCGUGCUGAUGAGGAGCUGGCCCAGUUCCUGGCCUCAGAGUUCAAGCUCGAUGCUGCACUUCAAUCUUACAUCAUCACACUGACGCUGAGUCAUGAUGGGAAAAUAUCGGUCAAAGAUGGCUUAACCGCCAUCAACCGACACAUGACAUCGAUGGGUGUUUUCGGUCCUGGCUUUGCUGCAGUCUAUCCCAAAUGGGGUGGAUUGUCAGAGGUGGCUCAAGUGGGCUGCCGUGCUGCUGCGGUCGGUGGUGCAAUAUAUAUGCUGGGAUCUGGCAUAAAGGAUCUGAAACGAUCGGACCAACCCAAUGCUCCGCUGGAGCUCUCAUUCACGAAUGAUAUCGACGUAAAGGCCAAAUUGGUGGUCCAAGGCGCCGAUGCAGCUGACUCUCGCAGGAUUCGAAUCAGCAGGCUCACUGCGGUCACAAAGUCAAACUUGUCUCCAGUCUUUGAACUGCUUACUGACGGCGCUCCCACACCCGCUGUCGCAGUGGUGGCAUUUCCUUCGAGCACUGUCACUGUUGAGGACGAAGGUCUGCACGAGUUUCCAGUCUAUGCUAUGGUACACUCAAGCGACACUGGGGAGUGCCCUUCUGGACAAUAUGUUAUAUAUCUCAGCACUGUCUAUACCACAUCAGCGAAAUCAGUCCUCAACAAAACUCUUUCGUCUCUGAUUGCCGCUGUUUCCAAAAGCCAAGAUGUGUCUUCGCCCAUCUACCAGGUUUACUACGAACAAAGUAGUGGAUCAAACUCUUUGAGCGUCGAUAGAGACAUUGCUACAUUUCCCCCCCCGUCGCUGGGUCUAGCAUUCGAUGAUUCCAUCCUUGACUCUGUUCAUGACGCUUGGAAAUUGAUUACUGCUGAGUCAGAGGGCACACCUGCUGAUUACAUGCAGUUUGAAGAUCGAGAGGGCGGGGUGGAUGAUGACCCCUUCGACUAG